AAUAAAGAAAUUAGGGUUAUUCCUGUAAAACAAUAUAGCCUAAGUUACUCCAUUUUAAAAUCAUGUUAAGGCCUUAUUUUACUCUGUAUAACCUGAGUAUAUAAUUUAGCUGACAGUUUAAGGAGUGUGAGAACAGGAUGUGUGGUUCCUGUGUUUUUAGAGGAAGUUGUGUUCUUGAGAUGUCCAGGUCGGCUUGACCUCGUUAAGAAAGGGAAGUGCGUAUAUGCUGAUAUUACUUGUUAUGCUGAUAUACACGUGUAAGCAAUAUUUUUAAGUAGGGUAUUUUUAUGUACUGGAAUUAUGGGGACUUUCCAUAAUGGGAAUAUCAUGUGUUCAUGUAUUAUAUAAAGUCUGAAAUUGUACUCAAGGGACAUGCUUGUAUCCUGUAAGAUGUAACCUGAAAAUUGUAUAAAAGACGGCGAGAAAGGAUGGCAUUUCCUGUGUAUCACAAUUGGCGCUGAACAGGGACUUGAGGACCUUUCGUCUGGUAAGCAAAUAAAUCUAAAAAAGCGCGCUAAACACUGUUUUGGUGUUAAGGUUUGUUUUCUUGCCGGACGGGAGUAGCUUCUCUAAUCAACCCUGGGACGGAGACUUGGAGAUCAGGACAGGAGAUAGGAGGAACGUUCGGGGGACUGCACUGGGAGUCUAAAGGAUUAUUGGCGCAAACUCCACCGCUUGAUUUUCAAAUCCAUGAAUAUAAGAGUGGAGACUGGGUCCUGAUUAAAGCACUUAAGGAGAAAAAGUUGCAAUCGGUGUGGAAGGGACCGUUCCAAGUUUUGCUGACUACUGAAUCGGCUGUGAGGACAAAGGAACGAGGUUGGGUGCAUUAUUCAAGAGUGAAAGGACCGGUGUCUUCGCCAUAUGGAUGGACGGUGGAUGCAAAAUCUACGGAUCCGUUGAAACUGACCUUUCGUAGACAACCCUUAGAUGAUUGAGGACCAAUGGAUGGAAGAAAAGUUUUAUGAAGAAUUUUGUAUUUGGUUAGGAGUGAUAUUGAUUUUUGUUAUAUUUUUGAUUGUAUUAAGAAAAGAUAUAAUUGAUUGGUGUAAAUCUAUGCUUUGGUAUCCAGUGGAUGAAAGUUCACCUCGACAGUUUGAUACCUUGGUGGUAAGAUAAUAACAUUUUAUCUUUUUGAAAGCUAUAUUGGAGAGGGGAAUUAGUCCACUAGGAAGAUGGGGUAUAUGGGGUUUCUGUUUAUUUUAUUGAAGGUGCAGAUAGGGAUGGAAAAAGAGAUGUUGGCUGUGUUACAAGAUUAUCCAAUAACAUGGCAGCAGUUAUGUUUCCAUACUGAACUUGAGCACCGAUAUUCUUUAAUAGAGACACUGACCUUGAUAGAGGGUGCUGAAGAAGCUGAUAUAUGUAUAAGAUCAUCUUUUGUUGAUGGGAUACCCUUGGGCAGAUAUGCUAACAUAUGACAUUACCACUAAAUACACUGAUUUGUCAGAAAGAAUGGAGUUUUUAUAUAAUCAAUGUACUGAUCUUUAUGGUAAUCAUACUCCUUCAUAUAAGAAGUUCCGUAUUUUGGAGGAGGGAUUACAUUUUCCAUAUUUUGAAAUAAAGGCCCCUUCGAAGUUAAUGUUUUUAUGUGGAAAUUUGGCUUUGCCUAAAUUGCCUUAUUUUUGGAAGGGAAGAUGUGCUGUUGGUUAUCUUAAAGCACCUUUACUACAUGCCAGACGUAUUGCUGAACGGAGGACGAGAGAAGGCAAUGUAUUUCUGGAUUUAAUGAAGGUAGCUUUGAACAGUUCUUCCUUUUGUGUCAGAGGUGAGACAACUGUCUCUGAUAUAAUGGCUAUAUGCUUUGUGGGGGUACCAGUACCGGGAAAGUUUUUGUUUGAGGAAGCAAAUAUUGUAAUAGAGCCAAAUAAUCUUAAUUUGUCACAUAUUAUAACAUUAUUUGGGAGUCCACAAAAGCCAACUAAGUGGACAAAUCAGAAGAAACUGGUGAUUGAAGUUAAGACAAUAUUGCCAGCAUAUGAUUGUGUAAUAUAUAAACAUCCUGAGAAGCGACCGGAGAAGGUAAUAUAUGUUCCUGUGCCUAAUAAAAAGGUUUUUCACUGCUCAGAAACGGAGGAAGUGGAAGCUAUAAAUCAGGUUCUAUAUUUGCCUAAAGGUUGGUUUCUCUUUUGUGGGUUAUAUGCUUAUGCAUAUAUUCCAGCACAUGCAGUAGGUGGUCCUUGUACUAUUGGCCGUUUAACUACUGUUAUGGCUGUUGCACAUUUUAAAGAUAUAAAUUAUAAAACAGAGUUUUAUUAUGAGAUGAUGAAUGCAAGUCUGUAUCAUACUGACCGUGUUCAGAAAAAAGUAAUGACUAAAGUAACUACACAUUUAACAUAUGUAACUGAGAAUACAGCUUUCAAAGAAGUUUGGGGUAUAUUAACUUCAUGGUUACCUAGCUUUACAUGGUUAAGGGAAUUGUUUGUAGGCAUAUUAUUGAUUGAAGUUAUAUGUCUUAUUUCCUGUCUUUGUAUUAAAUGUAUACCUCUUUGCUGUAAUGUUUGGAAGUGUUGCUGCCAAAUAAAGAAGCAAAAGAAAUUAGUUGAAGAUUCGCAUGGUGGCUUGGGAAGAAGAGAGGUUUCUAUAAUGUUGCAAGAUAUACAUAGUUUCCAGGAAUAAAACUGAUAAAGAGAAGAAGGAGGGAUUGUGAGAAAUAAAGAAAUUAGGGUUAUUCCUGUAAAACAAUAUAGCCUAAGUUACUCCAUUUUAAAAUCAUGUUAAGGCCUUAUUUUACUCUGUAUAACCUGAGUAUAUAAUUUAGCUGACAGUUUAAGGAGUGUGAGAACAGGAUGUGUGGUUCCUGUGUUUUUAGAGGAAGUUGUGUUCUUGAGAUGUCCAGGUCGGCUUGACCUCGUUAAGAAAGGGAAGUGCGUAUAUGCUGAUAUUACUUGUUAUGCUGAUAUACACGUGUAAGCAAUAUUUUUAAGUAGGGUAUUUUUAUGUACUGGAAUUAUGGGGACUUUCCAUAAUGGGAAUAUCAUGUGUUCAUGUAUUAUAUAAAGUCUGAAAUUGUACUCAAGGGACAUGCUUGUAUCCUGUAAGAUGUAACCUGAAAAUUGUAUAAAAGACGGCGAGAAAGGAUGGUAAUUGCUCCCUCACUUUGGGGGGGACCUUUGCAAAGAAAUAAUUAAAUAAACUAUAUUCUUGUCUUGUC